AUAAGUUAACCAUCAACGUGGACCAGUAAAUAUUAGAUUUUGCACAACGUAGAGAAGGGGAAUGGAAGCUGGGGAUAUAUACAGAAAACGAUUCGAAGAAAUUAAACCCUAAUUCCAUUCAUUCCCUCGGUUCAACUCUCCCUUUUUUUUUGUACACCCUUCUAAGAAAUUGAAACCCUAAUUCCCAUUGUAAUUUUCAGCUCAACUAAAUUUUGAUUCAAAGAAAACAAUGUCGGCUCGACUACUAAGAAAAGUCUUGCAAGAGCAAGAAGAACUAAAGAGGCAAGAAAACGAAGUAGAAGAAGAAGUUGAUUCUGAUUCCCCUGUUUCAAAUCCUCCUCGAAACCCUUUUGAUCUUCUUAAUGAUGAGGAAGAUGAGAUUGAAGUAGACGAUGAGGCAGAAGAUGCUUACGAAGAAAAGAUUGAAAAACCAUGUAUAACGAAGGCUGGAGCUUCUGCAUCAUCUAAGAACAAAUCAAAGAAGAAAAAGAAAAAAAGCAAGGAGAACUCUAAUAAAGCUGGGAAAGCAGUUGAUGAGGAUUUUGAAUGUUUGAAUAUCGGUUUGGGAUCUCCUAGUCAAAACUCUGGCAAAUUUCAGGACCAACAAAUGAGCCAGGGUACGUCAUCUGUAUUAGCAGUGGAUCCCAAAUGUCUAAAGCCUGAGAAUGAGUUACGAAGGAUAUUUGGGUCUGAUGUUGUGAGGUCAUUUGAGAAAGAUAAAAAAGGUGGCAGUUCAAGGCAAAUCCGUGGUGGAAGACGUGGAGGUCAUAAUCCUAGAAAGACUUAUCUUGUUUCUCCAUUAGAGCAUUGGCCUCGAUGGGACGGAUCUAUGUCUAUGGAACUUCUGGAAACCAAGGAUGGAAAACACUAUUUCAGAUAUGUACAUUCGUCUUCCUAUAGCCAAGCUCAAAAAACAUUCGAAGCUGCCAAAGCAAUGCACGACCUUAAUGGUAUAGCAAGUAUCCUACAGUACUACCCUUAUCACGUAGAGUCCCUCAUUACUUUAGCUGAGGUGUUAAAGUUCUCUGGAGAACUAGAUCAAUCUGCUGAUGCUAUAGCGAAGUGCUUAUUUGCAUUGGAAUGUUCAUGGCAUCCUCAAUUCAGCCCCUUGCAAGCAAAUUGCCAGUUGAAGUACAUUCAUGAUACAAACAAGCCAAUAUUCUCAGUGCUUUUCACUCACAUGCUAAACAUGAACAGACGUGGUUGUCAUCGUUCAGCUCUUGAAGUCUGCAAGCUGUUACUUUCACUUGAUUCUGAUGAUCCAAAGGGGGCAAUGUUUUGCAUUGACUAUUUCUCUCUCAGGGCAGAGGAGUACUCAUGGUUAAAGCGAUUCUCUGAGGAAUAUAUAAGUGAUAACUCCCUUUGGUUGUACCCAAACUUCUCAUAUUCUCUUGCCAUUUGUCGCUUCUAUCUUGAGAAUGAAUCUUGCUCAAAAAGUUCUGCUACGGAGUCUGAAAAGGCUACUCCCAAUGAUCUUAUGAAGCAAGCUUUGAUGCUUCAUCCUUUGGUCUUGAAAAAAUUAGUCGCGAAGGCACCUUUAAAGGAUGCUGCCUGGACAAAGAUACUACAGCACCCAUUCUUCGGAUCAGCUCAGGCCGGUGGACCUUCUCUCGAGCACCUGAUUAAUAUAUAUAUAGAAAGGAGUUACAUAAUGUGGAGAUUACCCGAAUUGCAGAAAUUGCUAAGAGAUGCUGCUGAUAGUGUAAUCACAAGCUUAGAUCGCAGUGGAAGUGAUGCGAGAGACUGGGCCUGUGUGAGGAAAGAAGCCUUCUCUUCAGACAAUAAUGAGUAUUCUCAUUUAUUGGUCUCGGAUUUCUCGGAUUCGGUCCCACAAUUGCCACCGGAGGAGCUGCAGAACUUGAUGCAGGAUCCUCGUAUGGCUCACGGUAUGCCGAAUGUAGCACAUAUUCCACCCGAGGAGCUGCAGAACUUUCUGGAAGACCCACGCAUGGCACAGGCAAUUCAGAACAUGGACCCUGCUGAGAUUCGUGAGGCUGUAGCACAUGUUCCCCGUGAUGUUCAUAAUCGAAAUCCGCUGUUGGUCUUAUUGGAGUCUAUCCUACCAUGGGUGGAUUAUGGAGCUGCCCAUGACGAUAACCAGGACCAUGGUCAUGACCAGGGUAAUGAACACUAAUUGCCUUAUUAGUGUUUUGCUAAUAUUGUCCCGAGUUAAACUACUUUUGUGAAACCUUAUGAUCCAUACGGUGCUUUGGUUAUGUUUGAGGUUGAGCACAAGCAAAGUGCGGAGACACCUUUUUGUUGAGCACAAGCAAAGUCGUUCAUUCCUUUUUAUCUACUCUUGAUAGCUCUUUUUUUUUGCUGAAACAAAAAUGCAAAGACUAGUACAAAGAGUUCGAAGCUUUGGUUCCCUUAAAACCAAGAGUCGGACCAAUUAUGACUUUUCUA